GCAAAGUUGUAGUUGGCACUUGGCUUCAAAUCAAAUUUUAUUAAUUGUUUAAAAAUAAUAAAGAUUGUACUAUAAAAGUAUUUAAUUAGUAAAUCAUACGAUAAAUAUUGAAUGCCCUUUUAUCUGUAACCACAGCAAUGGCUACAACAGUUAUGAAAGUUGAAUAUGAGAAUGAGACGUGUGCCAUAUGCGGUUCCGCCGGUGAUCUGCUUAGCCCUGAUGAACACGAUGCUGGGGCUCCUCCUCUGCAAGUGCCUUUAAGGUCUAUGUUACUGCAACUUAACAACAAUAAGGUUGUCCCGGAAGGUAAACUCUGUAUAGAAUGUAUACGACGUGCUAUAGAAGCGUAUGAGUUUAGUACUGCGCUGAAUACAAAAGGCGCACCUCCAUUGAGCGAAAAGAUUCGAGCCCUGAGGCGCAAAUUGCACGAAUUGACGCAGAAAAUUGACGUGUUUAUUGUUGUUGGCGGUCCAGGCGUAAACUCUGGUGGUACAUAUAGUGAGGAUGAUAUUAUUAUGGUAGAAAGAGAUGCGCUAGCAGCGGCUGCGGCUGCUGAUGAUGAAGACCUGGAGCAAGCAAGGAAUGCUUGUGGUGAAACUGUUUAUCAAUGCUCUGUUUGUCCAUUAUCAUUCCAGCGUGCAAGUGAGUACCGUACCCAUAUCUCGCAACACCCUGGUGGUGCACGCCACUCGUGCUGGACGUGCGGUGCGCAAUUCGCAUCCCGUGCUUCGCUCACCGAGCACACUGCUAUGCACGCAGCCCCAGAUAUUACUAGCUCUACAUGCCGCUUGUGUCACACUAACUUUCAGAGUGCAUCUGAGCUGCGUCGUCACGAGGCAACAUGUGAGGCGCGGUGUCCGCUGUGCAAUGUGACCUGUUCUUCCCGCGCCGCGCUAUCUGCGCACGCGCAGGCCGCUCACACAACACCUCCGCUGCUCUGUGGCGCAUGUUUCCGUACAUUCAACACGCGGGAACUGCUCGCUGCGCAUAGACUGCGGCAUAGACACGCCGAUCGAUUUGUUUGUGGUUAUGAUUCUUGUAUACUGCGCUUUGCUACCAGAAAUGACUUGCUGUCGCACAUCCGCAAGUGUCACAGCAGCGGUGUGGAAUCUGAGGCGGAGCCCGAGCCGCCGGCGCAGAAGCCCGAGCGCAAUGCUCCUGUCUCCACGCCAUGUCCGCAUUGCCCGCGCACGUUCGCGUCAGUGGCGGCCAUGAAGCGACAUAUUCGUGUUCAUCGCAAUCGUCACGCGGAACAAGAGGGAGCGGAAUGGCAGACAGAAGCGGAAGGGGAUGGGGAAGGGGAUCUGGACGGCGCGGGGGGAGAAGUGGAAUACCUAGAGAUGGAUGCUCUGGAUGAUAUGGAUUAUGACGAUGACAAUGAUAUGGGUUUGAAUUGAAACCAUUAACAUGUUAAAUGCCACUACGAUUUAGUAUUAAAGUUGCAGAAAUGGUGGCAUUGAAAGUGUUAAAUCAGGAGUUGGAAGAUUUUAUAUGUGUAAGUAUGAGGUUAUAAUGUUCUGUGAGACUUGUUUUCUCUUCAAUUCUCUUUGAAAAUACAGACACAAUAUGUGAAUGGCUCCUACGUAAACCAUCAUACGUUUGAAAUGCAAAUUUUACAAGACUUUAAACAUUAAUAUGAUUAAUUAAUAUGAAUACACAUGAACAUACAAAUAGACGACCAAAAUCUACAAUUCUUUUUUCUAAUGUAACUUUUAAAUUUAUAUAGAAUUUGUUAUUUAUCAAAAUAAUUUUAAAACUAAGAUAAGUAAAUCGCAAAAUUGUGGUUUACGAUAGUCUACAUAUGAGCCAGUUAUAGGUCAAUGUAUGACUACAGUCGAAACCCACAGU